AAGGAUUGUGUGGGGUGUAAACUGUAUGAGAUGGGAGGAUACUUUGCAGGUGAGCCCCACCCUCUCCUGUUGCACAGACUGCUAGCAGAGAGAGAAGCAAACACACCUGGACAACCCAAAUCUGUGGGAUAUUCACAUUUGAACACAUAUGCAAAAAAGAGAAAGGUUCUCCUGAAGUCCCUUCUCCCCUGCGUCUCCAGGGGGCCUCUACCAUGAUGAAGCUGACCGGUGCUAUUCUACUUCUCUCGUUGGUGACGCUAGUCCAUGGUGCCUGCUCUCUCAAUGGGAGGAACAGAGGAGACCUCUAUGACUGCCCAGCGGAUGUGUACAUUGUUCUGGACACCUCAGAGAGUGUGGCACUGAGGGCCAAGCCCUACGGCUCCUUUGUUGAUCAGAUCAAGCAGUUUGCCCUGGACUUUGUGGACCAGCUCAAUACUAGAUACUACAGCUGUGAGCGUAACCUGACGUGGAGUGUGGGAGUGCUGCACUACAGUGAUGAGGUAAAGGUGAUGAGGGAGCUGACCAGCACCAAGGAGGCCCAAGGAAGAGCUCAGCUGAAGAGAGCUAUACAGGACAUUCGCUACAUCGGCAAGGGAACCCACACCGACUGUGCCAUCUCCGUAGCAACUGGGCAGCUGAUGACAGGCUCUCCUCUCCAUGGCAACAAGUACAUGGUGGUGGUGACAGAUGGCCACCCGCUGGACGGCUAUAAGGAGCCGUGUGGCGGGGUGGCAUACACUGUGUCUGAGGCCAGAGCCAUGAACAUUAACAUCUUCAGCGUGGCUAUCACUCCACAUCACCUGGACAACAGACUUGGUUCCAUAGCAACAGAUCUACAACACACCCAUAACAUGUCUGCUACUAGUGAGGACCUGCAGGUUGUUAGGAACACCAUCAGCUCCAUAGUGUCUACCAUGUACAAGGAUUCUGAAUCUGUGUGCUGUUCGUUCGAGUGCAAGGUUCCCCUGGGAUCUCAAGGCCCUGCUGGUGCAGGAGGGGGCGCGGGAACUCCAGGACGUCAGGGGUUGCCGGGAGACCGGGAAGUUUGGGAGCAAAGGGGACUGCAGGUGACCAGGGGCCCCAAGGACACAGAGGAGAGAAGGGUGACCGUGGUCCUACUGGUGACAGAGGUCCAAGAGGACCAUCUGGACAAAAGGGUGAGAAAGGAGCGGAUGGAGUGGACGGGAAGGAUGGCCUUGUGGGGGACUCUGGGGUCAUGGGCCUGCCUGGUUGUAGAGGAGACGAGGGGGCAGAGGGGGAGCCAGGUCCUCUGGGGCAGAAAGGAGAUGAAGGAUCUUAUGGAUUACCUGGACAAAAGGGAGAGAUGGGAACACCUGGGGAGCCAGGGGUUCCUGGAGUGUCUGGAGCCAACGGAGCCAAGGGGGAGCCUGGACCAAUCGGAGGACCUGGAAAUAAGGGUGACCAAGGAGACCAAGGGGACUUUGGACCGUCUGGAGCGCCAGGCACAGAGGUUUGGAACUCAGCUAGUUCUAGAAUCAAUACAUCACCCGGACCAGGACGAACACUGUCCACAUAAUCUGACACAGGAAGACACAUAUCUUACUAGAUCACUGAACAUCAGGGGUGUAGGGGGAGAGAGGGGACUGAGAGGUGCUCCAGGAAUAAGAGGUGGUCAAGGGGAGACGGGUGACACAGGCUCUGCUGGAGCACAGGGUCAUGAAGGUCAGGCUGGAGAUGUGGGUUCACAGGGUCUGAGUGGAGUGUCUGGGCUCAAAGGGGUGUUAAGGGCCCCAGGGGGCCUCCAGGAGCACCAGGAGAUGCAGGGCCCAUUGGGAAAAGGGGUGAUGCUGGAACACAGGGAGAAGGCCAACCUGGAUAUCCAGGGUUCCAGAACAACCAGCCAGGUCGUGGAGGACUCCAGGGGCCAAAAGGAUACCCUGGUCUCACAGGAGAGAAUGGAUCCCCAGGCCCAGUGGGCCAUCCGGGGGCAGACGAAUUUGUUUGUGGAGGUCAUCUCAAAACAGAAGAAGGAGCUCAGUGUUGUAGGGACCAAUCUGGCAUUUCUGCAGGACCGAACCAGAGAGAUUGCAGGACACAUUCAUGCUGUGCUGGCAUUCACAGAGUGUGAGUGUGGUCCGGUGAAGCUACUCUUUGUACUGGACAGUUCAGAGAGUGUUGGGCUGCAGAACUUCACCCUGGAAAAAGAGUUUAUAAUUCGAAUCAUCAACAAGAUUACCAAGUUCAGCAAAGACAAGAAGGAGCUAGGAUCACGAGUGGGUGUAGUUCAGUACAGCCAUGACGGCACCCAGGAGCUGGUAUCUAUGGAGGACCCCAAGAUCACCACAGUAGCACAGCUGAAAAGCUCUGUGAGAAACAUGCGCUGGAUUGCCGGUGGUACGUACACGGGAGAGGCGCUGGAUUUUGCCCGGCAGGCAUUCGGCAGCUCCCAGCUGGACCAAAAGGUGGCCAUAGUCUUGACAGACGGACGGUCAGACACCCGCCGGGACGCCAAACCGCUGUCCUCCCUCUGCUCUGUGCCCAAUAUAAGGGUGGUGGGCAUUGGCAUAGGUGACAUCUUCAGACGGGCGUCCUACGCCACCAUGCUGGAGGAGAUCACCUGUCUGGGCACAGCCUCACCUGGACUCUACCUGAAGAUUACAGACCACGUGCAACUGCUGGAGGACUCCUUCUUCAACAACGUUACUGGCUACAUCUGCCAAGAUAAGAAAUGUCCUGAUUACACCUGUCCAGCCAACUUCCAGGAAGCUACAGACAUAGUCUUCAUGUUGGACGGCUCCUCCAGUGUGGGCCAGGCCAACUUCUACAGAGCCAGAGAGUUUGUUGAGAACAUGGCCACCAGGCUGCUGUCACAGAACCGGGAGGGCUGCUCCGCCUGUCCGUCAUGCAGUACAGCGAUGGGCAGCAGCAGAGAGUGGAGGUGCCCUUCACUGCCAGGGUUGAUGAUGUGCUAACGGGGCUAGCAGCUACGCUCUACAUGGACGGGGCCACCGACUUACCGGCUGCCCUGGCCUUCCUGACCUCCACCCUCCAGAGGGAGGGCCGCUCUGCUGUCCCCAGGAAAGUGGUGCUGUUCACGGACGGCAGGUCUGUGGCCUCUGCCCGGGCUGCUAUCCCCAGAGCUGCGCCGCCGCUCUGGCAGAGAACACACAGCUGCUGGCCAUCACUGUGGGCGAGGGCUUUGAUGAGGCGGGCGUGUGCCAGCUGGUGACGGGACAGGCGAACGGGUUUGAUUACCGCGUCGUGGAUAGUCGUGUCCACCGAGUGGCACUGUACAGUGACCUGGCCAGACGGGUGGUCAUGCAGAGCCUGGCUAGAAAGCUCUCUAAAGCUCUCUGAAGCUCUCCGAAGUUCUCUAAAGCUCUCUGAAGCUCUGUAAAACUAUCUCAAUCUCUCUGAAAUUCUCUAAAGCCAUGUAAAGCUCUCUAAAGCUUUCUGAAGCUCUGUAAAGCUUUCUGAAGCUAUGUAAAGCUCUCUGAAGCCCUGUAAAGCUUUCUGAAGCUCUCCAAAGCUCUGUAAAGCUCUCUGGAGCUCUCUAAUGCUCUUAAAGACCUCCCUACUACUGACAUGUCUAUGAAUUGUUCUGUUGUGCCAUGUAUUAGGCCAUUAAGAAAUUAGAUAGAUACAUUUUAUACUUUUGUGUUUUCCUUAUGUGUUUGAGGGCCUCCUGCUUUUCACGUGAAAUAAAAUGAAUAUGUUUGUCAUAAGAAGCACUUGGGUAGAUUAAUAAGCGUUACGCUGUAAGUUUGGUGAUAAGAUGAACAGUUUUCUUUUGCUCAAAUUUCUUGACAAAUAAAAUAUUGGACAAACUAACUCGCUAA